AUGGUUUUCUAUACAGAAACCUACCAAUAUGUUCUAGCUGUGAUUUAUGCUGUUGAUGUUAUAAAUAAAAACAUGCAUCUGCUGCCAAAUAUCACUCUGGGAUUACAACUUUAUGAUUCCUGUUAUUCAGAGGCAAGAGGGUUUACUGGUGUGAUUGCCAUGAUAUCAGGACACAAAGCACUUGUUCCAAAUUACAGAUGCCUUGUCAAUAAAAGUCUGUCUGGAAUAAUAGGUGACUCCUCAAUAACGUCCCCCACAGUUGCAAGAAUAUUAACAAUUUAUCAAUAUCCACAGAUUGCAUAUGGUUCGGUAGUUUCCACACUGAGUGACAGGAGUACUUUCCCAUCAUUUUUCCGCACAUUACCAAGUGAUUCCUUUGGUGCGGUUGCUUUAGCACAUUUCAUUCUUCACUUUGGUUGGAAUUGGGUUGGAAUUCUGGCUUCUGAUAAGGAUUAUGGUGUUCUGGGAGCACAGAGAGCAAAGGAUGUACUUCAGCAAAAUGGAUUCUGCGUGGCAUUUCUAGAAACAAUCUAUGUACAAAAUACAGAAGCAAAAAUUCAGCAUAUAGUUGAACUGAUAAGGACAACAUCUGUGAAGGUUAUUCUGGUUUACUCUAGAUAUGAGCCAAUGUACAAGCUAAUGGAAGACCUUUACCAACAUAAUGUAAAAGACAUUGUCUGGCUUGGACCCUCCGGGUGGUCAGUUGCCCCUGGUUUUUCCAAAGCUGUAAGGCAGAAGCUGCUAAAUGGCACAGUUACUCUUUAUGCUCAUAAAGGCAACAUUCCAGGUUUCAGGGAGUUUUUGUACAAUAUACAGCCUUCUCAUUACACAGAUGAUAUCUUUUUCAAAGAGUUUUGGUCAGAUGUGUUUGGCUGUAGCUGGGUGGACAAUGUUACAACACAGGAUGCAGCAAAAGUAACAAUACCCUGUACCGGUACAGAGAGCCUAACUGCACUUGGGAAACCUGUGUAUGAGGAGGAGGAAUUCCGCUUCACCUACAGUGUUCACAAUGCUGUCUAUAUGCUAACACAUGCCUUACAUAGCCUAUCUUUAUGCACAUCUCCAUGGGGACCAUUUACUAACGGAUCCUGCUCUAAUAUUCACAAUUUUCAUCCAUGGCAACUAACUCAUUACAUGAGGAAUAUACAUUUCAAAAACACUGGGGGUGAAGAUAUAUUCUUUCAUGAAAAUGGAGAACCACCUAUUGUGUAUGACUUCAUGAACUGGCAUGAGCUGCAAGACGAAUCCAGCAAGUACAUAGCGAUAGGAACAUUUGAUUCACGUGCCCCUAAAGGUCAAGAACUAACCAUAAAUGAGACAGCCAUCAUGUGGGGUGAAGGAUACAAGCAGGCUCCUCGCUCUGUUUGCAGUGACAGUUGCUCACCGGGUUAUAGAAAACUAGUUCACCGUGGACAACCAGUCUGCUGCUAUGACUGUAUCCCCUGUUCAGAAGGAGAGAUUUCAAAUCAAAGUGAUGCCAACUCCUGUAUCCCAUGUCCCAAAGACACAUGGUCCAGUGAUAAUCGAAGCAGCUGCAUUCCGAAAAUAAUGGAAUUACUAUCCUAUGAAGAGCCUUUGGGAGUUAUCUUGACCCUUAUUUCUACUACAAGCUCUGUAGUUACCAUAAUGAUCCUCUGUGUUUUCAUUAAAUUCCGUGACACCCCACUUGUGAAGGCCAAUAACCGUGACCUCAGUUACCUUCUGCUCAUCUCCUUGGUGCUUUGUUUUCUCUGCUCCUUAAUAUUUAUAGGUCAGCCUGGAAAAGUGAAUUGCUGGCUCCAGCAGUCUGCCUUUGGUGUCAUUUUCUCAGUUUCUCUUUCAUCCAUUCUUGCAAAAACAGUGACUGUGGUCAUCGCAUUCAAUGCUACUAAACCAGGAAGUCAGGCUAAAAAGUGGGUGGGGACCAGGAUUACAAAUGGACUCGUCAUUUUUUGUUCUGCAGUACAAAUUUUAUUGUGUGUUGUUUGGCUAUCAACCUCUCCACCUUUUCCAGAUGUUAACAGGAACUUAGCAAAGGAGAAAAUUAUCAUUCAGUGUAAUGAAGGGUCAACGUCUGCCUUCUACUGCAUGCUGGGAUAUCUGGGACUCCUGGCUAGUGUGUGUUUUCUUGUGGCCUUUCUGGCAAGGAAGCUGCCAGAUAGUUUUAAUGAGGCUAAAUUUAUCACAUUCAGCAUGCUUGUGUUUAUCAGUGUCUGGCUUUCUUUUAUCCCAGCUUAUCUCAGUACACAAGGCAAGUAUAUGUUGGCUGUAGAAAUAUUUGCAAUUUUGUCUUCUAGUGCUGGUCUUUUGAGUUGCAUAUUUUUCCCAAAGUGUUAUAUCAUUCUUUGCAAGCCAGAAAAAAAUACCAAAGAAUAUUUAAUUGGAAGGACAAAUCAUGCUUCAAGAGUUUAG